AUGGGCGUGGCAUCUGGCUGCCGCGACAUGACCCCGGACAGGGGGCUGCAGGGGCAGCUGAGGCACGGCGAGCGCAGCCGGCAGGAGGGCGCGUACAACCCCAUCACCGGCGAGACUGGCGGCUCGCGGCCGAGCUCGCGGCCCUCGUCCGGGAGCCGCCGGGCGCCCGCGGGGAACCUGCAGGCGGGCCUGAUUCCCGCAACGGGACCCCUGGAUCACAUGACUGCUCCGGAGAAGGACCUGCCUGGCAGGAGGCUCGACCCGACGCGGAACCAGUCGUCCAGCCUCCAGCCCGGGGUCGCCUGCGUGGCGCCCGGCAGCGAGCAGCAGAGGGGCGCGAGCCGCAUCACGGAGUCCUCCAUCGUGCCCCUGAGCGCCGACGGUGGCCUCGGGCCCCGCGAGCCCACGCCCGAGCGGAGGAGGACGCCCGGCCAGGUCGUGCGUGGCGGCAUCCGCCCGAAGGACUGCCUGGCCUCGGGGUGCGUGGCCUCGGAGCGCUCCGACCAUCCGCAGAACCUGCCGCGCCCCGCCAACCCGAACGAGCGCGGGAGCCUCGUGCCGGGCCCGUGUGGCAUGGUACCGAUGGGCACAGACUUCGUGGCGGAGGACGUGGACUUGUAUUCGGGCCCGAAGCAGCCAACGCCCUUCAAGCCCCUUUGGGGCUGA